GAUUUUCAUCGAUUCGAUAAAAUAAUCUGGACUAAACCAAAAUCCAUUUUCAGGCAUCGAAUUCUUGCAGUUCAUACAGAGUCCGGACAUGGCAGAAGAGGAACCUGGAGAGGCUAUCCGGCCGGAAUUUCCGAUGGGGCGAAUAAAGAAGAUAAUGAAGCUGGACAAGGACAUUGGUAAAGUGAAUUCAGAAGCGCUGUUUUUAGUCUCAUGCGCCACUGAGCUUUUCCUGGAGCUUCUCGCUGAAAAAUCUGCAGAAGUCGCCGCCGAGAAGAAACGGAAGACCGUAAAGCUUGAACACAUCCGAAUCGCCGUCAAAAGGCAUCAAUCGAUCAGUGAUUUUCUCCUCGAUUCGCUUCCUCUUCCUUCUCAGCCGUCGGAUGCUCCGGCGAAGGACGAGAAUCGCACUCGCGUUGUCGUUGAUAAAGUGGCUCCUGAAGGAACCCGCCGAAUCGAUGAUUUCUUUCGCCGGCCAGAGAAGACAGCGUCCGCGGAGACCAACGAGACAUAGGCGCUCAAUCUUCGACAGUGAGCUCUAAGGAGAUAUUGGACCAGAAAAUGUGGAUACCACCGAAGCUGUUUCAUCUCUGACCCGAGAAUCGAGGUUGUGUCGACGAGCUAUAUUUU